GUCGGCGCUGUGGAAAACUCCUACUCAAUCCCACCUCAUCCACGCCCGGGGCGAUCCGCUCACACACCUGUGAGCCUAAGCCAACGGUCACCAAGACCCGGCCGGUAGACGGCAGUGAGGGUUUCCUUUCCGUGACGGGGAGGACAGCGGAACAGAAAAGAAAAAGGUGAACCUCUCCCGUCCUGUCAUCACGUGAUCAUCUCCCGGCGCUGCGAAACCAUGGACCCGAAGCUUUCGCCGCCGCUGCAGCAGCGGAAGUGGGCGGUGCCGCUCCUCGCCUCCCUCCUCCUCUCCUCCCUCCUCCUCUCCGCGUCCCUCCUCUUCCUCUCCUCCGGCCAGACCCUCCUCUUCCUAUCCUUCUCCCAGAUCCCCUCCUCCGCCGCCGACGAGGCCCUUUUCGUCGAGCCCAAGCUCCAUCUCCCCCCGCUGCCCACCCGCACCGUCCCCCGUCUCGCCUACAUCAUCUCGGGCUCCGCUGGCGACGGCCGCAGCCUCAGGCGGACCCUCCGCGCUCUCUACCACCCGACCAACCGCUACGUGCUCCACCUGGACCUGGAGGCCCCCCCGGCGGAGCGCCUGGAGCUCGCCACCGCCGUCCGGGACGACCCCGUCUACGCCCGCUUCGGGAACGUCCGGGUCGUCGCCCGGGCCAACCUGGUCACCUACCGGGGCCCCACCAUGGUCGCCAACACUCUCCAUGCCGCGGCGAUCCUCCUCAAGGAGGGUGGCGAUUGGGACUGGUUCAUCAACCUCAGCGCCUCCGAUUACCCCCUCGUCACCCAGGACGAUCUGCUCCACGUGCUUUCCAGUUUGCCUCGACAUUUGAAUUUUAUCGAGCAUACGAGCGACAUAGGAUGGAAGGAGUACCAAAGGGCCAAGCCUGUUAUCAUAGACCCUGGGCUGUAUAGGUUGCAGAAAUCAGAUGUGUUUUGGGUUUCUGAGAAAAGGAGCGUGCCCACUGCAUUCAGGCUCUUUACAGGCUCUGCUUGGAUGAUGCUUUCUCAUCAGUUCAUAGAAUUCUGUUUAUGGGGAUGGGACAACCUUCCUCGGACGGUCCUAAUGUAUUAUGCGAACUUUCUCUCCUCGCCUGAGGGCUACUUCCAUACGGUCAUCUGCAAUGCACCAGAGUUCCGCAACACCACUGUUAACCAUGACCUCCAUUUCAUAUCUUGGGACACCCCCCCAAAGCAGCAUCCACACUUCCUCACCCUGGAUGACUUCUCAAGAAUGGUGGACAGCAAUGCUCCUUUUGCAAGGAAGUUUGGCAGAGAUGACCCAGUACUGGACAGGAUUGACAAGGAGCUCUUGGGCCGUGAUGCUGAUGGAUUUGUGCCCGGUGGAUGGUACGGGGCAUGGAAGAUGAAUACAACUGAUGAACAUGACAUUGUGAGAAAUGUGAAUGAGCUCAGGCCUGGGCCAGGUGCUGACAGGCUUGCACACCUCAUCACGGGUUUGCUUGCAGCUGAUGGUUUUGAUGAGAAGCAUUGCAUUUGACACGUAUGAUGCACCCGCAGAUGCGAAGAUGAAUUCAUUGUGAAUUCUGAAGCUUUUUUAUGUAGUUGGCCUGCUCUUCAUUGUUGCAGCAGCGAGGUCUCCUCAGUGCGGAUAUUGGUGAAGCAAUCUUGGGAGGCGGAGAGUGUAUCACCAUGCUUCAAUAAAUGUAUCCUUGUAAGGGUAUAAGUUAGUUGCUCGGUUAUGCAGCAUCUCUUCCAUCUCUCUUUCCAACGCUUUUGCCAUGGACAGAUUGUAUGGUGCAUUUUGGCACGAGAAGCUGCACUGCUGCGUGCGUGGAUGUUGUGAUAUAAGUUAUACACGAAAUAAGUUUUUACGAGUAGAGACGACCGUCUCCAUGGUGCUUU